UUAUUUAAAAUCUUUCAAACUAAUUUUUGUAACAUUUAUAUCCACCUAGCUCUUCAUCUCCAUAGAGCCUUAAAACUCUUUAUUUAUUGCGUCAAUGGCUAAAAUUUUCCCUCACCGGCCCAUACUUUCUCCGGCAAAUUUGAUGACUUAUAAAAGAGAAACAUAUACUGUAUGGAUGAAAUCAUUAGUCUGCCAUACUAAUGGCUGCACCGUGUUCGAUUCUAACGGUGAUAUCGUUUAUCGGGUCGAAAAUUACGAUACAAAAUGCAGCAAUGAAGUUUAUUUAAUGGAUCUUCGAGGCAGAGUUCUCGUAACAAUAUUAAGAAGAAAGAGAUUGUUAGUUUUUGAAAGAUGGUACGGUUAUAGAUGGAAUAUUAGAAACGUAAAUAAGCAAAAGCCAUGGUUUGGAGUUAAAAAAAGUUGUAGUAUUUGUAUGGGAAAUUUUAGCUGUGAAAUUAGUGUAGGUUUUGAUAGGUUUUGGAUCGUAAAAUUGAGUCAGAAAGCAGCUUUUAGGAUUGUGGAUUACGAAGGAGAUGUUGUUGCUGAGGUAAAGAAAAAGCAAUCAUUGGCGGGAAAUGGAUUUGGAGAUGAUGUAUUAAGCCUAAUUGUGGAGCCACAUAUUGAUCAUUCACUAAUCAUGGCGAUUAUCACUGUCUAUGGCUUAAUCAAUCGCAAAAUGUAGAUUUUUUCUCAAGGGCAUGGGCGGAUCAGAAGCAAUAUCACAUGCCAGUGGCGGAACUAGAAAAUGACAAGAGAGAGAAUAAAAAUGAUGGAUAAUCAAAAACAAGACAACGGAUUAAUGAAGUUUGGUCCAAGUAGUAAGCGGCUUGCUAUCGCUUAAGUAAGGUUUCGGAUUCGAAUCUUGUGAAUGCGUUUCACUGGUAGACUCACCCACCAUGUCAGGUGCGCGAUGUGAAUCGAAUCCGGAUUAGUCAGGAUGAAGCCUUUUAAAUCGAAUGGGCUUAAAAAAAAAAAGAUAACGGAAAGAAAAAUUAGAUGAAAAUCAUACCGGAAGAAGUAGAACAGUCGAAAACAACGGCCAUCUGACCGCCCACCUGCCGUCCUUUUAUUCUUUAGUCAAUAUAUGUAUAUACUUUUUAUCAUUCCAUAUUUGAAAUUUGUGGAGUAAAAUUUUGAAGACCCGUAGUAUCGAUAGGAUGUACAAUUGUAAAGUGUAAUAUUGGAGAUUCAUAUUUUAAUCAAAUUAA